GGCACCAGGGCUCCGGGACGCUGCAGGGCAGGGGCUUGGCGCGGCGGCCCUGGCCUCUGCACCCUGACAGCUCCAAGCCAGGGGUGCAGGGCAGCUGCAGGGCUGGGGACAGGGAGCGCUAUGCUGGCUGGACUGCGACAGCGACAGACUGGAAGGGAACAGGAUCUCAAGCCCUCCCAGCAGCUCCCGCACCCCAGGGGGGCACUAGCUACACCCAGGCCCUGACCUCAGCUGACCCCAAUGGCCCACACAGGGCUCAGGGCCUAAUUUUAGCUCCAGCCACAGGGCCACAGCUCAGGAGUCCCUGCCAGUGGGGCCAGGGGUGGCUGGGGCUGCUCGGCCCCAUCUCCUCCCAGUCCUGCCCUGGCCAGUCACCCUCUGUGGGAGCCCUGGCCACUCCUACAUGGCCUGGCAGACAGCCCUCCUCUGGGUCAAGGACAAGGUCAGGGAAUGUGGCCAGGAGGGCAGAGGGACACGGCCUUGUGGUCUGGACAGGGGUUGCAUCAGCCCGAGCAGUGCCCAGUGGCAGGGGCCCUGCCCUGAGGCAGAGAAGGCAGAGUCCGCAGAACAGAAAGGCAAUCCGGGAAGCCGGGGGCUUCCCCCUGCCUCGCCGUGACUUGCUGUUCCACCUUGCGCAGGCAGCCUGUCUCAGCGGGCCUCGGUCUUCCCAUCUGUACAAUGAGGGCGCUAGGCUAGGAGGGCGACCCCAGCUCCAGGAGCCCACCCUUGCUGCUUCCUGGCGGGGCCACCCAGCUUCCCCAGCCCCAGCUGUGGGUGGCCACAUGCAGUCCUGGGGAAGAAAGUCCCUGUGGCUGGCACUGUCAGCCUCUUGGCUCCUCCUCGUCCUCCUGGGGGUCUCCCCCUUUCUCCGCCUGGCAGUGCCCCCCAGGCCUGGGCCGGGAGCCCCCCAAGGCUGGCCCCGCUGGCUGGAUGCGGGGCUCCUGCAGAGUUUCUCCCAGCCUGAGGAGCUCCUGGAAGACGUCCCUCAACUUCAAGCCCCCCGCGGGGAAAGCUGCCAGUGGGGAGCCUGCUUUGACACCUCGAAGUGCGGGAGCGAUGGGCUCAAGGUGUUCGUGUACCCAGUGGCUGGACCCAUCUCUGAGACUCAUCGCAAGAUCCUGGCUUCCGUGGAGGGCUCGCGCUACCACACACGCAGCGCCGCCGAGGCCUGCCUCCUCCUCCUCCUCCCCGGCCCCCAUGAGCACAGCCCGGUGCCUCCGCAGUGGAACGGGGGCAGGAACCACCUGGUCCUCACUCUCCACCCAGCCCCCUGCCCCCGGACCUUCCAGCUGGGACAGGCGAUGGUGGCGGAGGCCAGCCCCACGGUGGACACCUUCCGGCCCGGCUUCGAUGUGGCGCUCCCGCUUCUCCCCGAAGCCCACCCUCUGCGAGCCGGGGCUCCUGGGCAGCUGCGGCAGCACAGCCCCCACCCCAGGGCUGCCCUGCUAGCCCUGGCCAGCGAGAGGGGCAGGUGGCGCAUGGCAGGUGCCAACUCCUCUGCCUGUUCCUGGGACGGGCGCUGUGAGCAGGACCUUGGAGGCGAGCCGAGCCAGCCCGUGGAUACGCUGCCCAGUGCUACCUUCUGCCUCAUCCCGGGCCACCGCUCUGACGCCUGGCGCUUCCUGCAAGCCCUACAGGCCGGCUGCGUCCCUGUGCUUCUCAGCCCCCGCUGGGAGCUGCCCUUCUCCGAGCGCAUCGACUGGACCAAGGCGACCAUCACAGUGGACGAGAGGCAACCACGGCAGGUCCUGGCCGCCCUCCAGGAGAUGCCCCUAGCACGGGUCCUCAGCCUGCGCCAGCAGACGCAGUUUCUGUGGGCGGCUUACUUCUCCUCCGUGGAGAAGGUCGUCCACACCACGCUGGAGAUUCUCCAGGCCCGCAUCCUCGGAGCGUCUGCUCAGCCCUGGCUGCUGUGGAAUAGCCCCCCCGGGGCACUCCUGGCCCUGCCCACCUUCUCCACUCACCCCCAGGACUUUCCCUUCUACCACCUGCAGCAGGGCUCUAGUCCUGAGGGCAGAUUCAGCGCCCUGAUCUGGGUGGAGGCCCCCGGGCAGCCCCCACUGAAGCUCAUCGAGGCCGUGGCUGCGUCCCAGCACUGUGCCCAGAUCCUGAUUCUAUGGAGCAGUGAGAGGCCAUCCCCACCCAGGUGGCCAGAGACAGCAGUGCCCUUGACCGUCCUUGACGGGCGCGGGAAGGCCAGCGACCGCUUCUUCCCGUACAGCGCCAUCAGCACCGACGCCAUCCUCAGCCUUGAUCCCCACAGCAGCCUUUCCACGAGUGAGGUGGAUUUUGCCUUUGGGGUGUGGCAGAGCUUCCCGGAGCGGAUGGUGGGCUUUGUGACACGGAGCCACUUCUGGGACGAGGCCCGGGGCAGCUGGGGCUACACUGCCGAGACGGCUAACGAAUUCUCCAUGGUUCUCACCACGGCGGCCUUCUACCAUCGGUAUUACCACACUCUCUUCACGCGCUCCCUGCCCAAAGCUCUGAGGAGCCUGGCAGACGGGUCCCCCGCUUGCGUGGACGUCCUGAUGAACUUCCUAGUAGCAGCAGUCACCAAGCUGCCUCCGAUCAAGGUGCCCCAGGCCAAGCAGCACCACGAGGCGGCUCCGCGGGCACCUGCAGGCCCCGGCUCCGGGCCGGAGUCGCAGCCCCCAGCCCGGGACUGCAUCGACCAGCUGGCAGCAGAGUUCGGCCACAUGCCCCUGGUGACCUCUCGCCUGCGCCUGGACCCGGUGCUGUUCAAGGACCCGGUGUCGGUGCAGCGCAAGAAGUACCGCAGCCUGGAGGGGCGCUAGGAGCCCGCGCCGGGGACGGCGGAGAACCAAUCAGCGCAAGCCGGCGGCAAACGUCAGGCCGGGCCAGCCAAUCGCAGCCAGGCCCCCGGCGGGGCGGGGCCGCCCCAGUCCCCAGCGCCGCCCCCGCUGCCCGCAGAGCCGUGGACAGGGCGUGUCCUAGACAAAACCCGGUCCCCUAACCCAUGGGCAUGGACAGGCAGCCAUCCGCAGACGCGUGGGUUGUCGGGCUCGACCCUCGCGCCCCAGCGAAGGAGCAAAGCGCGUGAGGAAGCCAGAAGUCGGGGGACGACAGGGGAAUGGAACGCAGGUGGUCCCCGCGCGCCCUGGGCUGAGGCUCUCCCGCGCUCCCGGCCUGGGCCACUAGAGGGCAGCGCCGCUCCGCACUGCCUCCGCCUGGAAGCCGAACCGAGUUUUUAGCACCCGCGCGAUCAGAGCCGCCUGCAGCCCCAGGCUCGAAAACCCGGCGAGCGCGGGACCUCUGGAAACAGCCCCGCCCCCUUGGCCUGCGCACCUGCAGCUCAGCAAGGGGCCAUUCUAGGCUGGGCUGGACAGGAGUGGCGUUUGUGUCCUGAGAGCCCUGCAGGUGAGGGCUGGAGCGGGAGGGGUCUCGGAGUUCUCCCGGGCUCACCCACCUGGAACUGGAAUUAUCACUUCCGAAAUAAAGCUCCUG